AUGGAUCUCUGGGGCCCUUAUCCCAUCCGCUCUCGUCAGGGGCACAGGUACAUGCUCGUGCUCGUCGACGACCACAGUCGGUACUCCACCGUCUUCUUUCUUCACACGAAAGACCAGGUGCCGGCUGUGGUCAUCAACUGGGCUGAGCAGUGCCGCAACCACUUCAAACGUCCCAUAGGCCGCCUUCACUCUGACGGUGGGGAUUGCGCGCUGCCUCAUUGCUCACGCCUCCACCCCUCCCUCCCUCUGGAGCUAUGCUUUCAUUCAUGCCGCCCUCCUCCUCAAUCUCCGCUCCCACCCUCAGCAUCCCUCCUCCUCCCCCCACAGAACUCUGGUCCAAGGCCAAGCCUGACGCCGCAGGCCUUCGUGUUUGGGGCUGCAAGGCGUUCGUCCUCAUUCCACCGGCCGACCGCUCCCGCGCUGCUGGCAAGCUCGCUCCUCGCGCUCUGGAGUGUGUCUACCUUGGGCACAAUCGUGAUUCCCCUGGCUACCUAUUCCUCCACCCUCCCACCAAUCGCCUCAUCCGCAGCAUUGACGUCGUCUUCGACGAGUCCACUCCCUACUACUCCACCCCUCCUCCUGACCCCCUCCCUCCUCCCACUCGCCCCCUCGCUUGGACCGGACACCGUCCUCCCGCCUCUUCUCCCUCCAGCGCCUCUCCUCCCACCUGUCGCCGCUCCACUCCCGCCUUCCUCCUCUGCCGACGUCUACAACCCUGCCGCACCCGCCUCCCCCGCUCACUCCACUGCACCCCCUCCCCCCUCUCCCUCCUCCUCUCAUUCUCCUCCUUUCCAGCAGCCGGAUCAGCAACAGCAGGGGCAGCAGCAGCAGCAGCAGCAGCAGCCGGAUCAGCACCAGCAGGGGCAGCAGCAGCACCAGCAGCAGCCGCGGCAGCAGCAGCAGCAGCCGGAGCAACACCAGCAACGGCAGCAGGGGCAACAGCAGCAGCAGCAACGGCAGCCGGGGCAGCAGCAGCAGCAGCAGCCGGAGCAGCAGCAGCAGCAGCCGGAGCAGCAGCAGCAGCAGCAGCCGGGGCAGCCGCAACAGCAGCAACCGGGACAGCAGCAGCAGCAGCAGCAGACACAGCAGCAGCACAGUCCGCAGCAGCCGCAACAACAAGGGCAGCAGCUUCAGCAGCACCAGCAGCAGCAGCGGCGCCGUGCCACUUCCCGCUCCUCCCCCUUCCUCCUCCCUUACAUCCAUACCCGCUCGGUGGACAAAAUCCUUGGGGCUCCUCCUCCUGCCUCCAUUCAGCUCCUUGAGGACUCCCAUGAGGAGUUCCUCAACAUUCGGGAGCACACUCCGUUCCUUGCCUCCCUCUACCUUGACUUCCUGGGCUUUCCUGUCCUUGGCGCCACCACCACCCCCACCAUCUUCACUCCCUCCACCUUCCAGGAAGCCAUCACCUGCCCUGACGCGGAUAAAUGGAUAGCAGCGAUCUUCCUGGAGUGUGGGGAAUUCAUUCGCAACGACUCCUUUGUCGAUGUCCCCCUCCCAGCCGGCGCCAACCUCGUGGACGGGAAAUGGGUCUUUCGGGUGAAGCAGCUGCAGGGCGAGGAACCAGUGUACAAGGCCCGCUACUGCGCCAAGGGGUUCACGCAGACUUGGGCUGAGGACUACUGGUUCACCUACGCCCCCACCGCCAAACCACCCACCCUUCGCGCCGCCAUGGACAUUGGUGCACGUGACGACAUGGAAAUCGACUCCAUAGACGUCUCCAAUGCGUUCCUGCAGGGCGACCUGCAUGAGCGCAUUUUCCUCCGGCGACCCCCCGGGUUCCACGCAGCCUUUCCUGAGAACACUGUCUGGCAGCUGCGUCGCCCCGUCUACGGCUUGAAGCGGGCACCGCGUGAGUGGCAUGCGAAGCUGGCUGCCACCUUGGGGUCCCUCGGCUUCUCUGCUUCCCACUCCGACGCCAGCCUCUUCAUCCGCUCCUCCCCCCGCCGCUUCUUCAUUCUGGUAUAUGUCGACGACAUGAUCCUGCUCUCUGACACCAAGGCCGACAUGGAGCAGGUGAAGCUGUCCCUGCAGCAGCGGCUCAAGUGCAAGGACCUUGGCGCCCUCACUCACUACCUCGGCAUGACCAUCACGCGCAACCGCCCUGCUCGCACAAUCACCCUUUCCCAGUCCCAUUACAUCGGCCAGGUCUUGGAGAAGUUCGACAUGGCGCAAGCCAAGCCUGUUUCCACCCCGCUCCCCUUCGGUCACCAACUCGCUCCACCCCACCUCCCCCACCUCCUCCCCCCACCCCUAUGCCGAGCUCGUUGGGUCCUUGAUGUACGCAAUGAUGUGCACCCGCCCCGACCUCGCCUACCCCAUCAGCGUGCUCGCUCGCUUUGUCGGCACUGGUCGUCACUCUGA